UCAUUUGACCCGACUUUGACCUCCCCAACAUAAAUUGACGCAAUUGGGGUACCUAGAGGUGUCAAUGUUGCAGUAUGCUUGUGUGACUACUAGAUAACUAUAGGGGCAGUCCCCUUAAGGGAAUGCCUGGAGCCUUUAUGUGCCGUCAACCCCUGAGUCAUCCCCCUGAGCUCUUCUGUUUUGGACUGUUUUUGUUCGAGCCCUCCUUCUUGGACUCCCCACCACCAGCCCGGGUUGGGUUGGUAUUGGUGUUUCAGUUAUUGUAAUUAUGUUCCUUGAUUAUUUUUCUAGUUUUGCUUCCCCUCGUCUCAUUAUGUCUGAUUAGUCUCGGCUGUGUUUCCUCCUGUUCCCCAUCCUCUCGUUAUCCUGCCUGUGUAUUGUAGUCCUCAGUCUUUACCUGCCUGUUGUCACAUCGUAUCCUCUCCGUGCUGUGUGUUUCCUCCAUGCUCCGAGUAUUUUCCUAGUUCUCUGUCCAAGUUUAGUUCCCUAGUUUUUAUUUUUUAGUUGCUUGUUUCUGUUUAAGUUUUAAUUGAGGAGUUUUUUUUCCAACAGAUACUUUCAAGUUUACUUCCCCGAGUGUGUUGCAAACAUAACAAGCCUGAGUUAGAAAAGAAAGUUGAUAACCGCCGUCUGGGGUCAGACUGAUGAUUUUGGUUUUGUUGAGCCAGCUAACUCAAAGAAAGCAUGGCUGUGCAGACCUCCGACCCUGGUAUUCCUGAAUUUUUACUGAAUACUUUAGUUGGAGUUGGUUGGUGUUGGUACCAGGUGUUAGGUCAGAAGUUUUCACGCUUCAUCACAGAUCUACUGAAGGAUCCGGUGACUACAACCUGUGGACACAGCUACUGCAUGAACUGUAUUGAAGGCCACUUUAAUAAAGAGGACAGUAAAGGAAUCCACAGCUGCCCUCAGUGCAGGAAGACGUUCACACCGCGGCCUGUCCUGGAGAAAAGCGUCAUUUUAGCAGAGUUGGUGGAGGAGCUGAAGAAGACUGGACUCCAAGCUGCUCCAGCUGAUCUCUGCUAUGCUGGACCUGAAGAUGUGGCCUGUGAUGUCUGCAUUGGGUUGAAGCUGAAAGCCAUCAAGUCCUGUUUAGUCUGUCUGGCCUCUUACUGUGAGAAACAUCUUCGACCUCACUAUGAUGCAGCUCCAUUAAAGAAACACAAGCUGGUGGCCCCCUCCAAGAAGCUCCAGGAGAACAUCUGCUUUCGUCAUAAUGAGGUGAUGAAGAUUUUCUUAUCCGCCACUGAAAUUAUCAGAGGAGGCCUGAAAGGCUUGCACCAGCUGUACAACCACUGA